AUGGCAACCACUACUACCGAUCCUGCCAUAACUACGAUAUUCAGGAUUACUACUACACUUAGAAGUAGUACAACACAUAAUUCGAGUCAAAUAAGGACGUCAAAUUCAAUAAGUACUACUUUGUCUUCAAUUCAUUCCUACUCAGAAAGUACAGAUGUCAUUAAAAGCACAAUAUCAGCAAUUCAAUCACAAUCAGUGACGAAAGUAUAUAGUAGCGCUUUAUCAGUGCCAACUUAUAUUACAAUAGAUGGUGAAUCAAAUAGUUCAAAAUCUUCUGGAAAAACAAUUGGUUUGGCAAUUGGAUUACCAGUAGGGAUUGUCUGUUUGUUAUUAUGUAUAUUGCUAUUUUUAUAUUUGAAAAAGGACUAUUUCCAUAAAUCUACGAAAGUUGUGUCGCCAACAGAAUCUAAUAAACCGAUUCAAAGUAAUUGGUUUAACAAAUGUUUGUAUAGUAGUAAACCAACCGAGUCUAACGAAGAAUAUAUAAAUGAGAAGAGGCUACCAUUUACUGGUAAUAUGUCUUCCAAAGUUCAAUACAAAAUCUCAAAAGAUAAAUCGCAACAUAUUUUGACACCAAAAAAAUCAGUUGCUAUACCCUUUGGAAAUCCUAAUUUUGACAAAUCAAUUGAGACAGUUGAUGUUGAAAAGCUUUUAUAUACAGAACCACCAAAUAUUCAUCAUAUACCGUCUACAUUCCCUUCGAUGGAAAAUAUAGUAAAUACAAAAUUGACUAAAAAGCAUUCUGAAAGUGGAAGUGAUGCAAUAUUAACAAAUUGGAAGUAUGAAUCACCACUUUCAAGAUGGUUUUUAAGAGGUUCGACAUAUUUGGAAGACCCUGAAGCACAAUUAUAUAACGAAACUCCUACAUCUACAGUACAGCUGAAGCGCUUAAAAAUACUAUCAAGAAUUCAUAAAGAAUACGUUGAUCUUGAAAAGCUUGAAAAUGAAAGAUCUCCAAUACUUGCAACUUCAGACAACUAUUUUUCAGGUUCAGAAAGUAAACACGAUGCUGCCAGCUCGAGCAGUGUUAAAAGGCCAACGUCAGCAAUAUAUGGAACAAUAGGUGUUCAGACUUUAGAGCUAGGAGAAAACCAAAAUAGAGUAAAAGUAAUAAAAAUUGGUUCUGUACCUGAAGACAAGAAGAGAGGGAAGAAGAAUUCAAAGAAAAAAAGAAUGAAAAUAAAGAAGCAUUUGGAAUAUCUAAGCCAUAUCAAGCCAUUGCCCUUAACUCCAAAAACUAAGUAUAAAAUCGGUGACAUUAAACAAGUUGUGGAGCAAUAUGAAGCUAGGUUAACAGAUGAGAUAGAUCUGAAAGUGGGAGAAUAUGUUAAAAUUCUAGCUACACAUACUGACGGAUGGUGUCUGUUAGAGAAAUGUACAGGUAAUGGUACUGCUAUAUCCAAAUAUCAUCUUGUAGAUGUUGACGUUACGGAUAAACGAUACUUAAACGAUGAUCGUGGUAUUGCACCUGGUAGGUGUAUUGCAUAA